GUUUUCACACCAUCGCAGUCUCCCACUCGGCCGCUGGUCGCGGAAUGGGCUGAAUGGAUCGGAGAUUCCUAAAAAUAGAUCGACUCCUCUGUCUCCAAGCAGCAGCUUUCCGUGACUCCACCCAGUCUGUUACCCGGUUCUUGUAAAAUAUAUCAACAGAAAACCCCACAGUUCCGUUAAAGUUACAGCAGAUUUUUACAAUAUUUUGUGACUAACUUUUUUGGGAUCGUCUCUCCUCCACUUAGUACGAAAAUGAAGUGCUUCCGAUCAUGUUGCGCAUGUCUUCCGCAACGGUAUGUCCUGUCCGUGUUCAUCCUUGUGGGGUUGGUCGUCUGCUACCUGAUGAGGGUCUGCGUCAACCUCGCUCUCAACGAGAUGACCUUCAAGCUCAACGCCACAGAGUCCCACUCAGGAACCAAGCAACAUUUCUGCCCUGUAGAGGCGAGCACAGCCAACGCCACCAAGACUAGAGCGGAGUUCGACUGGGAUCAACACUUGCAGCACGACAUCAUCAAGUCCAUCUUCAUUGGCUACAUAGUCGCCCACGUGCCGGCCGGUGUGUUGGCGGACAUGUUUGGUGGCAAGCACAUCUUCGGGAUCGGGAUCCUGGUGUCAUCUAUCCUCUCCUUGUGCUUCCCCUUCCUCGCCCGUCUCAGUCCUUACGCCUUCAUCUUCGGCCGAAUCCUCCAAGGCUUUGGUCAGGGAGUCAUGUUCCCCAGCUCCAGCGCGCUGAUAGCCAAGUGGGCGCCCCCCAGCGAGAGGUCUACGAUGACUGGUAUCAUUCAAUCAGGUGUGAUGUUCGGUAACGCCAUUGGGUACAUAACAUCAGGAGUGAUUCUGUCUAUGUUCCCGGGAUGGGAGCCGGUCUUCUACUUCUGCGGGAUAAUCGGGCUCAUCUGGUGCGUCGGUUGGUACACCUUGUGCUACAGCUCGCCAGCCGAACAUCCCUUCAUCACUGAGGAGGAGAAGAACAUGAUUGAAAGCCAGAUCGCGGCAACAGCUAAGGCGAAACCAAAGAAUAUUCCAUGGAAGAGCAUUCUGACAUCGGCGCCAUUCCUUACAGCCAACAUGAUCAACUUCGGCCACGCCUGGGCUCUCUUCACCAUGGUUAACGAAAUGCCAGCUUACAUGGGAAAAGUGCUCAACUUCAAUGUCAAAAGUAGUGGACUGUUCUCAGCUAUGCCACACAUUGCUAUGAUCCCCACCUCUAUCGGUAUCGGAUACCUCUGCGAUUGGCUCAUCAAGAGUGAAAUCAUGACAGUCACCACCAACAGGAAAAUAUUCUCCUUCCUCGGUAAGUUGGGGUUUUACCACUUUCAAUUACUGAUUAAUUAAUUCUCUCUUCUUAGA